GUCGACCCUCCACCAGACGAUCCAGGGACUGUGAAGAUGCCUAGGUACUGCUUCCCCUAAGCUUAGGAUCGCUACCUGAGACGCAAGAACUUAGAUCUUCGGAGUCUGUGUUUCUUGUCAGUUGCUUCUUUUCACCAAGCAAGCCAUUUCCUUGUUGAUAACCUAUUAUUGCUCUUCUAAAUAAUCAGAAGGUACAAUCUGACUGAAAUUUACCUGAAAUCCAACUCACUACGUGGAACACGAGGGUACAUCUACAUGUCAUGACAUGCAUUCCUGAAACAAACGUGCAUGAUUCCCAGAUACCCCAUCCCUGGAACCAACGUGCAUUCCGAAGACGUGUCCGGUCUCGACUACAAAUUCUAUUUUGACACAAUCGCUCUCCUUUUCGUAAUCGCUGCUGGCUUUGCGCUUCUGAAUGCCUAUGCCUUCGCUGCCUACAGUGACGCUGAUGAACAGAAACUGUGUCGGAAGGCUGUUGUAGUGUCGAUGUGGAGAGUGAUGGUGACACAGUGGCACAAUGAUGGAACCCGAAUCGCCCACGAAAACUAUGAAC